CUCUGUUAUAUACACCGAGACAGCAGGGCUGGAGCUUAAGGAUCUUCUGUCAGCUCCCUCGACAUUGCAGACGCGGACCCCGAGGAGAAGAAGGAGGACUCCCUGCCUUGGGGUAGACACAAGAACAGAAGCGGAGACGCGACACGACAGUGGAUCAAUCUGAAUGCAGUUUCUCAAUUCUUCCAAAGCCCAGUUACCUUUCAAACGUGCAGGAUGAGGCCUUUGAUAGCCUUCUUGGUAUUUGUCAAUUGUCUUCCAGACACGAUUUGCAGGCCUCACCAACGAGUGAUUCGCUCUAGUAGCCAUGAAUCAAUUUACUUCGUGGGACAGCCAGAAUAUUUCAUACCAAUGAUGCCUUAUCCACAGCCCAGAUUUGACCAUGAAACACUCGGAGUCAACAUACUCCUGCCCAAAUUGCCUCUGUUUCCCAAACCAGCUCCGAUGCCACAACCUGCAAUGCCUUCGAAGCCACUGGCAUCGACAUCUACGCCGCCAAAAACAACAAAGAUCAAACCCCCUCUGACGUCCACGUCUAUGCCAACAUCUACUUCAAAAGUGGUGUCAACAUCAACUCUAAGUCGUGCCUUUUCACAAGUGCGUAGCUCAACAUAUUCGUCUUCAUCAGCUGUAACAACAUCGACAACAACUAAAACUACAACACCAGUGAAGACCACAACUUUAACUACAACCACAACGAGAACCACAACACCAACAACCGCUACAUCAAUAGCACAGACUACCAAAACAACCACUAAACCAAUUACACCAACUACAACACCAACUACAAAACCCACAACACCAACUACAACACCAACAACCACAACACCAACCACAACGUCAACCACAAGAUCAACUACAACUAUAACACCAACUACAACUACAACCACAACACCAACUACAACCACAACCACUACAACAACAACACCAACCACAACACCAACCACAACGUCAACUACAACAACAACCACUACAACAACAACCACCACUACACCGACUCCAUCUUCUGUUUCACAGACUGAUGUACCUACAACAGAAGAAUCUCCAAGAGGAGAUAACUUAGAAGCUGCAGCCUAA